UGCAUGGUCACACAAUGUGACAGUCCAGACAUGGCUGGAAACGGGAGGCAGCUCCGUUUGACCGAGCCCCAUCUCCGACUCCAAGCCGCCUCCAAACACUGACAACAACAAGGGAGAACUUUUGCGCACGUUGAACGGGCCUGGGACGGAGCAGACCUGACCACACGCCUGGAGAAGAGUGUGCACGACUGAGUUUGUGUGGCAGCUUUUAGAAAAAGAGUUUGAGGAGUUGUCAGAGAGGCGACAGGUUGCGGGGGUUUGGGAUCAGGGAGGCAGAGAGACAGGGGGUCGUUGCAGCCACAGGAGGUCUACGCGCUCUGAUGAUGGCACCGGUGAUGGCACAAGGAUUUGCUUUUCGUGUUUAAGUAUGACAUCUCCGGUCUGAAGGUGUUAUACAUAUUGUGAACCCUAGUCGAUGGAUUUAUUACCUUUAAUACAAGAAUAUUUUACCUGUACUUUCUCCAUAGGCUAGAAAAUCUUGAAGCAUGGGCGACUGGAGCUUUCUGGGGCGGCUGUUGGAGAACGCUCAGGAGCACUCAACGGUUAUCGGCAAAGUCUGGCUGACUGUCCUCUUCAUCUUCAGAAUCCUGGUGCUGGGGGCCGCGGCUGAAGAGGUCUGGGGCGACGAGCAGUCCGACUUCACCUGCAACACCCAGCAGCCCGGUUGCGAGAACGUCUGUUACGACGAGGCCUUCCCAAUUUCGCACAUCCGCUUCUGGGUGCUGCAGAUCAUCUUCGUGUCCACGCCGACCCUCAUCUACCUGGGCCACGUGCUGCACAUAGUCCGCAUGGAGGAGAAGCGGAAAGAGAAGGAGGAGGAGCUGCGCAAAGCGAACAGGUUCCAAGAGGAGAAAGAACUCCUUUAUAGAAAUGGUGGAGAUGCUGGAGGAGGAGGAGGAGGCGGCGGCAAGAAGGAAAAGCCGCCAAUCAGGGAUGAACACGGCAAAAUCCGCAUCAGAGGCGCACUGCUGCGUACUUAUGUGUUCAACAUUAUUUUCAAGACCCUGUUUGAAGUGGGAUUCAUUUUGGGCCAGUAUUUCCUCUAUGGCUUCCAGCUGAGGCCCCUGUACAAGUGUGCACGUUGGCCCUGCCCCAACACCGUCGACUGCUUCAUAUCGAGGCCCACUGAAAAGACUAUUUUCAUUAUAUUUAUGCUUGUGGUGGCUUGCGUGUCUCUUUUGCUGAAUUUGUUAGAGAUCUAUCACCUUGGAUGGAAGAAAGUAAAACAGGGCAUGACAAACGAGUUUGCCCCUGACCGCGGGUCGCUGCGCUGCGUCAACAUAGCGGAGCCUGAGUGUUUGGCCUCGGGCUCCAGAACUGCCCCAUCCAGCCACAGCUACCCUCCCAACUACACAGAUGUUACGGCGGGCAGCGGGGCGUUCCUGCCACCCAUAGGGCCGACAGCUGUACCCUCGGCAGCAGAGUUCAAGAUGGAUGACCUCCAGCAAAAGGAGUCCCUCCGCCAGCCCUCGCCAUCUUCCCAUUACUACAUCAGCAACAACAACAACCAUAGGCUGGCCACGCAGCAGAACUGGGCCAAUCUGGCCACCGAGCAGCAGACUCGGGAGAUGAAGGCCACCUCCCCUUCCCCAUCCCCCUCUUCCUCCACCAGCACCGACAAUGAGCAGCAGCAGCCGCCCGUCGAUGCUGCGCUUCUCCUUCCCACCAGCAACACCACCAGUAACACCAACAUCACCAACACAACCGCCACUGCCGCCUCCAGCAGCAGCAGCAGCCCAGGCGCCACCUCUACCGCAGGCAGCUGGGGCGGGGGGAAGAGCGAGCAGGAGGAAGGCCACAUCACCAUCACCACGGUGGAGAUGCACGAGCCUCCAGUAAGGGUCAGUACAGACCCUCGGCGGCUCAGUCGGGCCAGCAAGAGCAGCAGCAUCAGGGCCAGGCCGAGCGACCUGGCUGUUUGAAUCUCUUCUUCCACUUUCAUGUCUCUGAACCCUCCCUGACCAACAGCCCUCAUCCCUCGACCGCAGCCGAAAUACAAAGAUUCUCAGACAAAAACACAACAAUCACACACAUGCAUAAGAAAAGAAAAAGAAAAAAAAAAUACACAAAACAAACAGCAAAAGAAGGCGAGGCGACAAGAGACAGGAAAGAAGAAAAGCUAAAAAAUCGUUGAGGUAAAUGUGAAACGACUCGAUCAGCAGCAGCUGUUGAUUUCGUGCAGUCGGUGAGUUGCAGAGUUGUCGAGGAAAGGUUUAUGUUUUUGAACGGCGUUCAUCUAUGCACACAAACUGUGAAGAUGCAGUGAGUCGGAAGGCUCCAUUCAAGCCGAGGACGCUGUCAUGUUAUGCAUCAAAAUGGACUUAGCAUCAUGUUUGGUUUGAGGAGGAAGAUUUCAUGGUGUUUCUCUACUUUUUCUUCUUCUUCGUUGAGCCUGAAGGACGAAUGAUUCCGACUGAAAAGGAUCAUUUGUCCAAACGACGCCUGAAUAUAUUUCCAUUUCAUUUAAUCAGGAGGAAGCACAAGUAGCUGGUGUUGUUCAGUUAGUCGAUGUGUGGCCAGACAGUGUUUGACCUUUAAGCUGCAGCACUUGCAAUCACCUGUUUUUGUUUUUAAUUUGAAUCCUCCGGGAUGAAUUGCGUUUUUUGUAGCUGUGCAUGGCAGCAUCUGUAGUCCUGCAACUCACCGACUCGACACGCCGAAGUCGGCUAGUUUGGUUUCACCCAGAGACGAUGGAAGUAAAAAGAAUCUUCCUAGAGUCCACAUUAUGAAGUAAGAUAAGUAAGGUUGUUGACGGGAUAUGAGUCUAAAUUGCGAUCAAAACGUUCACGACACACUUCACGUGCCUCUUCAUCGGGUUUUAUUCUGAAAAGUGAUAUUUUUUUAAACACUGAAUUGAAUUUUACUCAUAAAUUGCAUAACUGUAGUAGUCAGUUUGUGAUUGCGAAACAGCUGCGAUUAAAAAAUAAAAGACGACAAAGCGACUGGCGUUGUGAGUAUUGAGACGCCGCGGUGCAGUCGACAGGCUUCUACUUUGUUGUGUUCAUCUUGAUUCUUAGAAACCUUUAGAAAAAAAAACUUUAAAUCAGCACUCACAGUCGUCUUGUCUCUGUCGUGUCACUGUGCUGUUUGGUUCAUUCACAUCCCAGGCACUCACUUUUAAAUGAUUCUUUUCUUUUAAACCUUUAUGACAAUAAUUCACUGCAUGUGAAUUCAGCUACAUCUGCAUCGGACACAUCGGGACUUAACAACAGGAUAAAUUAAAGUACCUUAAUGAAACAGUCGUUUUUCAGCAGUUCGUGUGCAGGUUAAUACACUGGAGAAAGAGCAAUGUAGUGGUACCAGCUGUUUUUUUAUUUUUGUUGAAUUUAAUUCAAUUUUCAGGGGGGGUAUAAAAAGGAUGGUACUCUACGGUGUAUCUGUACCCACAAUGUUUCACACUGUUUCUUACGACUUUAAGUGCAAACAGGAACACAGAGAGGAGAAUAUACAGCGACACAACGUGUAGCUGAACGCAGCCUUUUCCAAAUCCAUGUUUCUUGUUUAAAAUGACAAAAAAACAGAAAAAGAAAUCUUUGUUGUUUUUAUUUUAUUUUUUUGAUUCCUAAAGUUUACAUUUUGGUAGUUGAUAAAGAUUUGCACAUUUAGGAAAAGGAAAGAAAAUUGCUGUUCUACGAUGCUAAUAUUGGUAGAAAUAGAGGGAGAGAGAGAGAGAGAGAAAGAGAGAGAGAGAGAGAGAGAGAGAGAGAGAGAGAGAGAG